AUGUCUCACCCAUUCACUGCACCAACAGUGGCUAAGACAUUCCUAGACCACAUCUACAAGCUUCAUGGCCUACCAGAGAGCAUCAUUUCUGAUAGGGACAAAAUCUUUACAAGCUCUUUCUGGAAAGAACUAUUUAAGUUGAUGGGGGUUCAACUUCAGUUUUCAUCUGCUUACCAUCCUCAAACUGAUGGCCAAACAGAAAGAGUAAACCAAUGCCUUGAGAAUUACCUCAGGAGCAGAAGGCAUUCGGUGAAUCGGCCGCCGACGCCGGACGUUCAAGAUGACGACGAUGAUCGCCGAUCACAGGAGCCUACGCUUCUUGAGAUCGUCAAUAUUAAGUUGAUUGAGAGUGGAGAGAAGGAGCGGUUGAUGGAAUUGGUGAGGGAGAGGCUGUUGGAGUGUGGUUGGAAGGAUGAAAUGAGAGCUCUUUGCAGGGCGAUUAUAAAGAAGAAUGGUAGGGAAAAUGUCACAGUAGACGAUCUUGUUCGUGCCAUUACACCGAAAGGCAGAGCUUCUAUACCAGAUUCUGUAAAAGCUGAGCUUCUACAGAAGAUCAGAACAUUUCUUGUUUCUGUUGCACAUUGA